AAUUAUAUAACUUCCUUUCCUCUUUCACGAAACUUUGGAAGAAGUUGGAAGGUUUUUUUUUUUUUUUUUUACACGUGCGCCGACUGUACUAUCAGGUUUCCCCUUCUUUACAUUAUAUCCGCCUUCCUCCUGCCCCCUAUCCCCAUAGCAUCUGGAAAUAUCAUUGUUAGAAAGUAAGUCAAUAUUUCUUCUCGAGUUUUCAGAAUUAUGCUUGACUUUAUGGAAAGGGAGUAAAAAAUAAGCCGACUAGGACCGUGGACGACGCUCUGACCAGUUCCCCACGGUCUUUUCGUUUUGAGUCCGCAAUACUCGAGUACAGCAUUGAAGCGAGGCUGGAACAUAUUCAACAUGGCGACCUCAAAGAGUGCGAACACUUAUAAUCGACAAAAUUGGGAAAAUGCGGAAUUCCCCAUUCUUUGUCAGACAUGCCUUGGAGAUAAUCCUUAUGUUAGAAUGACAAGGGAAACAUAUGGUAGAGAAUGUAAGAUUUGCGCACGGCCAUUCACAGUGUUUCGUUGGUGUCCUGGUGCUCGUAUGAGGUUUAAGAAGACAGAAGUCUGUCAGACAUGUUCAAAGUUAAAGAAUGUUUGUCAAACAUGCCUACUUGAUCUUGAUUAUGGUUUGCCAGUACAAGUCAGGGACCAUGCCCUUGGAAUGAAAGAUGAUGUACCAAAAUCUGAUGUUAACAAAGAAUUUUACACUCAGAAUGUGGAGAAAGAGUUGGCUAAUUCAGAUGGCACGACCCCUGGUGGAACACUUGGUAAAGCCAAUGCACCCAGUGAUUUGUUGCUGAAACUAGCCAGGACCACACCCUACUACAAGAGGAACAGACCUCACAUCUGCUCAUUCUGGGUAAAGGGCGAGUGCAAGCGUGGUGAUGAAUGCCCUUACAGACAUGACAUGCCUACUGAUCCUAAUGACCCUCUGGCAGACCAGAACAUUAAAGAUAGAUAUUAUGGAAUGAGUGAUCCAGUAGCAGCACGUCUACUUAAACAGGCUUCUACCAUGCCGACCCUGGAGCCUCCCUCUGACAAGUCCAUCACUACACUGUAUGUUGGAGGAUUAGAGGGAAAAGUGGAAGAAAGUGAUUUAAGGGAUUAUUUCUAUCAGUUUGGUGAGCUUCGAUCUAUAUCAAUGGUUCCACGACAGAACUGUGCAUUUGUCUGCUUUACCUCAAGAGCAGCAGCAGAAACAGCAGCAGAGCGCUCCUUUGGCAAACUGAUACUGAAAGGACGGAGAAUGAAAAUUAUGUGGGGCAAGUCUCAAGGGCAGCAACCAGCCCCAGGAAAACAAGGAGGCACUUCACUGGCUCCAGUACCAGGAUUACCAGGAGCGCUCCCGCUGCCUCCCACAGAAGAAAAAAGCCCAACAAAUUUCUUCAACCUUGCUCCACCAUCCAAUGCAGCAUCAUCUGGUGCCCCUCCUGUUCCACUUACUUUACCACCUCCCCCUGGACAGGUUCCAGGUAUGCCCCCUCCACCCAUGGGGCAUCCAUUACCUCCACCACCAGGAGGAUUCCCUCCCCCUUUUGGACAUCCACCAUUCAGACCACCUCCAAUGCCUUUUUAUGGGGCACCACCUCCUCCCUGUAUGCCUCCACCUUCAAGGCAUGUCAUGCCUCGCCCUCCACCUGGUCCUCCACCAAUACACUACCCCUCUCAGGAUCCUCAUAGAUUGGGUGCAGGAAAGGGUGGGGAAGGAGGUCCCCAUCCACCAGCCCCUGCAGCUGCCAGUUCCUAGUCUAUCAAAAUUGUCUCACCUGGAAUAUGGUGUUUUUAGAAAUAAUACACUUGAAGUUUCUAUAUUGAAAACCCUAAAAUCUGACCCGUCUUUAAACUGAUGAGAGAGGCUUUCUGGUUGCUGGAGGAAUGCAAGAUAUAACUAUAUGGAAUAACAUCACAGUUUUUAUAAAAGUUUACUUUUUUUAUGGCUUCAACUGUAUGUAUUCAAGAAGUAAUGUAUGUGCUAUUGUAGACCUUCAUUGCUAUAUCUACCAUGGUUCAUUUUGCACACUGUUCCUUUUAAUUUACAAAUUAAAGCAGCUUUCCAGCCACUUAAAGAAUUGUUUAGAUUUCUCUGUUUUCGUACAGCCUGUCACCUUAGCUGUUUGAAAGGCAAACUUGGGUACCACUGCAGGGAACCUAACUAAUUGGCUAACAAGACAUGCUGAUUGAGCUGUAGUCAUCAUAGAUAUUGAGGAACUGCAGUUAAAUUAAGGGGAAAAAUUAACUCUACUCCAGGACAGCUGUUAAAGGAAAAUGGCUAGGCUUCCUGGGAGCUGAAGAUACCCUCAUCAAAUGACUCAGAGUUACCCACUCCCUGCCCUGUCUAGUCUCCCGUUUUGGGAUGGUGUUCAGUUCUCUUACGAUUCUAUUCGUGCAUUCAACCAUUGAAUAAAAAUACGGGACAACCCAAGGGACAACCAAAAGGUGCCCGCUAGAUGACCUCAUCAGGACAUGCAAAAGAUGCCUGCGGCAGCUGGUUAUUAGUGGUUUUAAUUGAAGUAUUUUGCUGACAACAAUUUCGGACUUUAAAAACUGGCAGUAUGCAGUUGAAACAACAUGAUCUACAUCAUAAGCGAGCACAUCGUGGGACAAACGAUUAUACUUUAUUAACAAAAAAUUACCACCUCCAAGGACAGGGCUAAUGUGGCUCCUUUCUAAAUAUUUUUAUAGUAUUUAUUAUUUUGGUUUAUUUACAAUGCCUGAUAAGGGAGGUGGGCGGAGGCGUGAUGGCCUCAUGGUUUAAUAGUGCGCUUGACUCUGGAGUGAGCGGUCCAAGUUUGAGCCCUGGCCAGGGACAUUGCGUUGUAUUCUUGGUCAAGACACUUAAGUCUCAUAGUGCUUCUCUCCACC